AUGGCUUCUACCAUGCAGUCUGCGAAUCGCAUUCAGUCCGUUCUUAAAGCCGGAAAGACGGCGUAUGGUGUAUGGCAGAUGUUCCCAGGAGCUAAUCUUUCUCGGAUAAUGGCAAGAUGCGGAUUUGACUGGAUUCUCGUUGAUACUGAACAUGGAAAUAUCGACGAUGCUCAGAUGCACGAAGCCGUAGGAGCAAUUGCGGCAGCAGGUGUCAGUCCUAUUGUUAGAAUUGCGGCUAACGAGGGAUGGAUGGUUAAACGUGCCCUCGACGCUGGCGCUCAUGGUAUUCUCGUACCACUCCUUGAGACGGCCGACGAUGCCAGGAAGCUGGUCCAAUCAGCUAAAUUCCCCCCAGUCGGAAAGAGAGGUUUCGGAUGUCCCUUUGCAAUGGGGUCAGUCGGCAAUGUAACGCCGACUGAAUAUCUACAGCAGGCAAAUGAAGCUCUGAUUACAGCUGUGCAGAUAGAGACAAAAUCUGCCCUUGAUAAUGCAAGUCUACCAUCCUCGUCCAGAGAACGGGAACAUCGAGCUAAACAUGUCGAUAGGUUGAAGGAAUUGCCCAAGUACCGGGGAUCGAUGUAUUUCACUGAUGAAUUUCACCCUGAUCUCGAAGUAGCCAUUGAGCGCGUCCGUAAAGCGGCAGUAGAUAGCGGGAAGAAGGCUGGAAUCUACUGCCCGUCUGGAGAAUUUGCAAAGAAGUAUAUUGAUCAGGGAUUCCACAUGCUUUUUGGGGUCGCUCAGCUUGCCAUCGGGCAGGGUCUUUUCAACAUGCAGAACCGGAACAUCGAAUUCAUAUACGUCCUUCCAUUGUUUAUUCCCAGGAGCCAUGACAUCGACCUCGGCGUAUUCAACGGGCUUUCGGUGUCGGAAGUUGCUUAG